AUGAAUCUGAAACUCCCUCGAGCCCUGCGCAUCGCCAUCCUUGAGUGCGAUACUCCGCUCCCGGAGACUAAGAAGAGAUUUCAUGGUUAUGGCGGUGUGUUUGAGUUCUUGCUCCGGUCAGGGGCCAGAGCCUUGGGUCGAGCCGACUUGGAUCCCGACAAUCGCCUCGAGUUCUCCUUCUGGCAGGUUGAGUUGAACCCGGACCAGUAUCCCGAUCCCGACGACAUUGAUGCCAUUUUGAUUACGGGUUCCAGACACGACUCCUUCGCCGACACGCCCUGGAUCAACAAGCUGGUCGACUAUACAGCGAAGAUCCUGUCCGAAACGAGCGUCCGUGUCAUCGGCGUGUGCUUUGGCCACCAGAUCGUAGGGCGGGCUCUGAAAGCUGAUGUUGGGCGGAAUCCCCAGGGCUGGGAGGCAGCUGUGAAUGAUGUCCAGCUGUCGGAGAAGGGCAAGGAAGUGUUUGGCGUUGACAAGAUUCGCCUCCACCAAAUGCACCGCGACUGUGUCUUCUACUAUCCAGAAGGCGUAGAGGCACUCGGCUCCUCUCCUGUCUGCAAGGUCCAAGUCAUGUAUUCACCAAAGCGACUCCUGACCGUGCAGGGCCACCCCGAGUUCAAUCAGGAAAUCAUGACCGAAAUCAUCAACACGCGACAUGCUACAGGUAUUUUCGAUGACAAGGCAUAUAAGGAAUAUAUGAAGAAAGUCGAUCUGCCACACGACGGGUUGAUUGUUAGUCAAGCAUUUCUGAAGUUCCUGUUGGAAUAG